GCAUUCUAAGAUCACAGCAAGAGAUACAUAGCAAAAAGCAAUAUUAAAAUGGAGGUUAUUAAAGAGUUCCGUUGGGCAUUGCUAGUGAUGAUGGUUUUAUUAUUACAUGGAAGUUGGCACUCUUAUGGUUGUUGGGAGACUGAGAGAAUUGCUCUCUUGCAACUCCAGGCUCAUUUCAAUUAUUCUCCUCAGUUUUACUAUAAUUAUUAUUGGGGGUAUUACAACUAUUAUUCUGACGAUGUCAAGUGCUGUAACUGGGAAAGAGUCAGGUGCAGUGCCGCUACAGGGCAUGUUACCCAACUCUUAUUUUGGGGAAUAAGAGGUUGGAAUCCCUUCGAACAUUGGUAUCUAAAUGCCUCUUUGUUUCUUCCCUUCCAACGGCUGAAGAUGCUUGACUUGGGCUAUAACAACAUAGCUGGUUGCAUUAAGAAUGAAGGUUUUGAAAAGUUAUCAACGCUUGAAAAUUUGGAGUUUCUUAAUUUAGGUGAUAAUAAGUUCAACACUAACAUUUUAUCAUCUCUAAGUCAUCUCUCAUCUUUGAAAUAUUUAUAUCUAUAUGAAAAUGCAAUGAAAGGAAGAAUUGAUAUUCAAGAAUUGAAUAAUCUAACAAAUCUAAAAGAGUUGUAUCUCAUGGACAACAAAAUUGAAGGUUUUAAAUCUUUACAUGGUGGUGAAAAAUUACUAAAUAUGAGCAGUCUAGAGUAUCUUUAUUUGGAUGACAAUAACUUUAGUAAUGAUAUUUUAUCAUCCAUUAAGGGGCUCUCAUCUCUCAAAACUCUACGGAUACCAUAUAAUCUAUUGAAAGGGCCAUUCAAUUUGACAGAAUUGGAUGCGAUGAACAAUCUAGAGGAGCUGAGCUUGAGCGGAAAUAACAUUACAAAAUUUAUCAGCUCAAGAGAAAUCAAAAGUCCAAAAAAUUUGAGCAUCCUUUAUUUAGAUGUCAUCACCGUAGAAGGAAGAAGCAUGCUAUUAGAAUCAUUGGGAGCAUGGACCCAUCUCAAGACCCUCUAUCUGAGAUACAAUAAUUUCAAAGGGACAAUAUUUGAUCAAGGCUUGCCACAUCUGAAGGAUUUGGAGUAUUUGUAUUUGGAUUACUCUAUUGUCAACAGUAAUUUUCUACAAUCAAUUGGAGAGUUGUCCUCCCUUCAAACAUUAUCAUUGCACAAUUGUGGACUUGAUAGUACAACGUUUCUAAACCAAGGUUUGUGCAAAUUAAUACAUCUCCAAAUGCUAGAUAUUAGCUACAAUGAUUUCAGUGGUAGCUUGCCUUUGUGUCUAGUGAAUUUGACAUCCCUUCAAUGGCUAGAUCUCUCUUCCAAUCACUUUAUUGGGAACAUCUCUUCAUCUCCACUUAGGGGUUUAAAAAAUCUCGAACAUCUAUCACUCUCAAACAAUCUUUUCCAAAUCCCAAUCUCAUUAAGUCCAUUUUUCAACCAUUCAAAACUCAAGUUCUUGAAUGGUAGGGGUAACAAAAUAUAUGCAGAAAUAAAUCAUCAGAAUUUGAACCCAAGGUUUCAGUUAGAGCGGCUUGAUUUAUCUGAUGGUGGAUAUAGUGGAGCAUUCCCCAAAUUCCUCUAUCAUCAAUAUAACCUACAAUUUGUUGAUCUGUCACAUAUUCAAAUGAGAGAAGGGUUUCCAUCUUGGUUGUUACAUAACAACACAAAAUUAGAAUUCCUUUACUUGAUCAACAAUUCUCUCUCAGGGCCUCUCCAAUUACCACUUCAUUUUCAUACGAAUUUGUCAUACUUAGAUAUCUCAGACAAUUGCUUCCAAGGUUAUAUUGCACCAAUGAUAGGAACAUAUCUGCCAAGAGUAAGAUAUGUAAACAUGUCGGGAAAUGGUUUUAGAGGUAGUAUUCCCUCUUCAUUUGGAAAUAUGAGCUUACUGCAAACCUUAGACUUAUCCAACAAUAAAUUGUCAGGUAGUAUACCAGAGUAUUUAACCAUUGGUUGUAUCUCAUUAGUUGAGCUCAUACUUUCAAACAACAGUUUACAAGGCCAAAUAUUUUCUAGAACCUUUAACUUAAGAUUUUUGAGAGAGUUACAAUUGGAUGGCAAUCAAUUCACUGGCAGCAUUCCACAUAGCUUGUCUAACUGCACUUUUUUACGAGUGUUGGAUCUUAGUCAUAACGACAUAUCUGGUAAAAUUCCAUGGUGGUUGGGGAACAUGUCUUAUCUUGAGAUUUUGGAUCUUUCAAUGAAUAAUAUCUCUGGAAAUCUACCAUCUAACUUUUGCCCUGCAAACAUACAAGAACUUUAUUUGUCUAGAAAUGGGCUGCAAGGAUCUUUGAAGGAUGCAUUUUAUGGUUGCUUUGAGCUGAUUGUGUUAGAUCUUAGCCAUAAUAAUGUGACUGGAAGCAUUCCGCCAUGGAUUGGAAAAUUUUCUCAAUUGAGCUAUCUAAUCUUGGGUCACAACAAUAUUGAAGCGAAAAUCCCAAUUCAGUUGUGCAAUUUGACUCAAUUAAGUUUGAUUGAUCUUUCUCAUAAUCAUCUUUCUGGUCCUAUUCUCCCUUGCUUAAGAUCUACAAGCAACUCAUAUAGGCAACAAGAUGGUUCAUAUAAUGCUUCUGCUCCUGUUUCUAUGGAUGAACCUUUAGAGUUUACAACAAAGAGUAUAUCCUAUUCUUACCAAGGAAGCAUGCUAUCUUACUUCUCUGGAAUUGAUCUCUCGUGCAACCAUUUGACAGGCCGAAUUCCUACUGAAAUUGGAAACCUCAAUGAGAUCCAUGUUCUAAAUUUGUCUCAUAACAGUUUGACAGGAGAAAUCCCAGCAUCAUUUUCCAACUUACACCAAAUUGAGAGUUUAGAUCUUUCACACAACAACUUGGAAGGAAGCAUUCCUUCUCAGCUUACUGAGUUAAAUUUUUUGGCUGUUUUUAAUGUGUCAUACAAUAAUUUAUCUGGCAAGAUACCCGAUGUUAAACAAUUUGCAACAUUUGAUGAAAGCAGCUAUCGAGGAAACCUUUUUCUCUAUGGAUGUCCAUUGAAGAAAAAUUGUACUGAAAUAUCAUUACCUCCAUCAAAAUCAAGAACUUCAAUUGAGAAUAAAGAAAACAGUUGCUUCAUCGAUAAGGAUGCUUUCCAUGCAAGUUUUGGGGUGACUUACAUUAUGGUGUUGUUGGUAAUAGUUGCAGUUUUGUACAUAAAUCCAUAUUGGCGACAAGCAUGGUUUUACUACAUUGAGGUGAGUACAAACAAUUGCUACUAUUUUAUUAUAGACAAUCUUCCUUUUUUGUCCAAGUUUAGAUUUUGUAACUUUUGUAAAUGAAAUUUAUUAUGCAAAUAUUAUGUAGGUUCUUUUUUUUUUU